AUGGCUAAUGAUCUUGACAGCUUUGUCGACGACGUUGAUGACACUUUGUGUGCUGUCUGCUUCGACACUUUAGAGGAGGAACUUAACAAUGAAAGAAACGAGCCCAGACCCUGCUUGACUAAAUUGACCUCGAAGAACGUCAAGUGUCCCCUGUUCGUUACUUGGAAUUUCAAGGAUGGUGAUGAUGAGGAGCUACGUGGAUGCAUUGGCACCCUGGAACCCACCAGUCUUUCCAAUUUGAAACGCUACGCUCACAUGAGUGCCUUCCAGGACUCCCGGUUCAGUCCCAUCAGUGCUCCUGAGCUUCGCAAUCUCGUCUGUAAGCUUUCUCUGCUUCACUCCUACGAGCCUUGCAAGAACCACCUUGACUGGGAGGUCGGCAAGCACGGUGUGCUUUUGGAGUUCGAGGUCAACGGCCAGGGAUACUCUGCCACCUACUUGCCUGAGGUUGCUUUGGAGCACAAUAUGACUAAGGAGGUCGCCAUUGAACAGCUGGUUUGUUCUCAGUUAACCCUUUUUUCUAAAUCCUUCUUAGAUCAGGAAGAGUGGUUACAGGGGUCGAGUCACUGA